CAUCCUCGCCCCUCCGACAGCUAUAAAGAAGAAAGAGCCACUCUUUAUGUCAAAAUGAAGUGUGAAGUUAAUUGUAACCAUGUUCAUCCUGAAAUUAAGCUGGUAAAACCUGAUGACAGUGAAAGACAAGGUUUCUACAGUCUCGCCUAUUUGGAAGGUUGUAAAAACUGCAUUAAAGGCUAUGAAAAAUUACCAUAUCUUAGGUCACCAAUCGUGAGCCCUCAGAUUGCAGAAUUUGAAACAAAAAGCAAGCCCUUGCAUAACAAGGAAAAUCAACGUGUUGAGCAAACACUUACUAGUUCAGAUGAAAUAGAAGAACUAGAGACUAGUAGGCUUUAUGAAGACAGUGGCUAUUCCUCAUUUACUCAACAAAGUGGCCUCAGUGAACAUGAACAGGACAGCCUCACUCUGGAAGAAAAUUUCAGAAGCAGUCCACAGCCCUACCAGCUAGAGACACCAAGCCCAGACACCUAUCCCAACAAGAAUUUAUUACCAGUUCUUCAUUUUGAAAAAGUGGUUUGCUCAACAUUAAAAAAGAAUGCUAAGCGAAAUCCUAAACUAGAUCGAGAGAUACUGAAGGAAAUUAUAUCCAGUGGAAAUUUUAGACUACAGAAUAUAAUUGGCAGGAAAAUGGGCCUGGAAUUUGUAGAUAUUCUCAGUGAACUCUUUCGAAGGGAACUCAUCAGCAAACAUCUCUUAGCAAAUAUUUUGGCACAGCUUAGUGACAUGGACUUAAUCAAUGUGUCUAAAGUGAGCACUACUUGGAAGAAGAUUCUAGAAAAUGAUAAAGGGGCAUCCCACUUGUACAAAAAAGCAAUGGAAAGAGUUACUGAAAAGAGCAUUAAGUUUUCACCACAUGCUUCAACCAGAGAGUAUGUUACGAUCAGAACUGCGUUAGCUUCUGUUCAGAAAUCAGCAUCGCAGCCGCUUCCCAAGAAAGAUGCUCAAGCCAAGUUAUCCAAGCAGGAUGACCGGAAAAGUUCUGCUUAUAGUCGACACAGUGAAUUCUCUGAGCUGCCGACAGCCAGUGGUCUCUCGGGGGCCUAUCACUUUGUGUCUCUGGAAUGCCGCAGAGCUGGAAUCAUGCUCCAGGAGCCUGGUACGCCCAAUUUCUUCAUGUCACCCGUGGUGCUGCGGAUGGCUCCGCUACGGCAGGCACUGCCAGCCUACUCCCUUCCACCAUGA